GGCACCGCUCUAGGCACUGCUUCGUCUCGUUGCCCCGGCUGCCGGCGCGCGAUGGAGACAGGACACUGGGAGUUCGGCGGCGAGUUCGAAGACUCGGUGUUUGAGGAGAGGCCCGAGCGGCGGUGUGGAGCCCCAGCGUCUUACUGCGCCAAGCGCUGCGAACCGGAGUGGUUUUAUGAAGAAACGGGUAGCGGAGAUGAUGCUGAAACUCUAACUUCCAAGAAAUUCAAAGGGGAUCUGGCCUACAGACGGCAAGAGUAUCAGCACUUGCAAGAGUAUUCUAGCAUCUCUGAAAACUGCACCUACCAAUUUGCCAUGAAAAGGGAUGUCCAAGAAGGCCAGGCACGGUGCCUGGCUCGCCUGGGAAGGCACAUGGAAGCAUUGGAGGUUGCCUCAAACUUGGAAAAUAAAGCAACCAACACUGACCACUUAACCACUGUGCUCUACCUCCAGUUUACUAUUUGUUCAAGUUUGCAGAACUUGGAGAAAACAAUUUUCUGCCUUCAGAAACUGAUUACUUUGCAUCCUUUUAAUCCUUGGAACUGGGGCAGAUUGGCAGAGGCUUACCUGGAUCUGGAGCCAGCUCUUUCAGCAUCGUUUGCAUCAUCUCAGAAACGGAACAAUUUUACCUCAAGUGACAAAACUAUCAGAUCCUCCUUAUCACACUCAGGAAAAGACUGUCUUUUGUUUUUCCCUGAAACCUUGCCUGAGAGGGAAGAAAUUAGCAGUAACAGCCAGAAAAAUGAAAAACCUCUUAAAGAUAUUCAAAACUGUAUGGCAGAAAAGCGAGAGGCAGUGAUGAUAGAGACUCAGAUGAAAGCAUGUGCCUCUUUUGUAAGAACCAGGCUUUUGCUUCAGCUUACCCAAUCUCAGCAGGCAUCAUUUGCUUUGGAGAGGAACUUGAGGACUCAGCAGGAAAUUGAAGAUAAAAUGAAAGGGUUCAACUUCAGAGAAGAAACUUUGCUGUUGAUUUCUGAGGUUAUGGGAGAAGAUAUCAUUCCAGAAAAAAUAAAAGAUGAAGUUCAUGCGGAGGUGAAGUGUGUAGACUCUGCAGCCUUGGCUGCAUUGGUGAUUGCAUCUUCAAAAGAAUUUGAGGACAAAUGGUUCAAAAAGAUCAAAGACCAUUUCUGUCCCCUUGAAAAUCACUUCCAUACAGAGAGACAAAUCUUGGCUUAGUGGUCCACUUAAAAAUAAAAUAGAAAACAUCUUGUACUUUGCUAAUUGUGCUUGUUUACCUCAGACAGGAGCCAUUGCUAAUAAUGGAAUAUGGUGAUUAAAAAUGGUUAUGUUUUAUUAAAAUGGCUUUUCUCACCAAUUAUUUUUACUGAA